UUUUAAAACAUUUCAGUCCUUAAAGGAAGGUAUUUUUCCUCACCUCCUUCGAUUCUUCUUAUAGCUAGACUGAUCUAGAUCAAAAUUAAAAUGGCAAUGAUUGGUGGAACCAGUGAACUUAAAGUGGCCGAUGAGGAAGUGCAAAAGAUUUGCGAUGAGGUGAAGAGUGCGGCAGAGGCAAAGGCAGGGGAAAAAUUCAGUCAGUUUCAGGCCAAAUCUUACAAGACACAAGUCGUAGCGGGAACAAAUUUCUUUAUCAAGGUUGAUGUUGGCGAUGGUUUCUUUGUCCAUUUACGUGUGUAUAGGACUUUGCCACAUGCUGGAUCAACCCUGGAACUUUCCGCUAUCAAGACUGGAUUGAAGGACGAGGAUGACCUUGAGUAUUUUCAAUGAAGGCUGACAAAUAUAACAUCCAAAUUUAGUUGACUUCAAAAAGAACCUUAGCCAUGUUUAAUUCAUGUAGUCUCUACCAGAUGCUCAGGUAGUAGUAAUUAGGGUUAAGUUUAAGGUUAGAUAGUGUUUUGAAUACCUUUUUUUACUUGCAAUAUAUUUUUUCAAACUCUCCUCAAUUUGAAGCCUGGUAAAGGCCUAUUAUUAGUAGUAUCAACCUGAUGUAA